CCCCUUCCUAGGCGUCUGGCCGUAUCUUCUGCAACAAUGGCCGACCACGUCCUAAAUUCGAGCGCUGAGGUUGCGUCAAGGGCAGUCAAUCUCCGUGCAGAAUUAAAAACCUGGGAGAAGGAGUUUGCGUCCACACAUGACGGUCGGAAAGCUGGUCGCGAAGACAUCAAGCAACAUCCCGACAUUGCCGCAAAAUAUAAGGAAUACGGUAGACUGAAGGCGCUAGAGUCUUCAUUGAACCGGCGCGAGAACCGACAGGAAUCAUCCGACGCCCAGUCUAAAAAACGAAAGCAUGCUUCUCCCACAGGACCAGAUUCAGCGCAACCAGUCGCGACGCCCCGAAAGUCGGCCAAAGGGCUUUUUGCGACACCAUCAAACAGCCGCAACAAGCAGAUCAACCACGUAGACGAAUUUGUUUCGCCCUCGACAUUCCGCAAGCUAUUCAGCCCUAGCGCACAUCGUCAGAGCGCACCAGCACAGUCACCUCUCAAAGCUGCAAUUGGACCAACACCGCAGCGCGACGGGAAAGCCCUCGGUUUAUUCGACAUGCUAUCAGAAUCGGGAGGAAGCAACGCGACACCAUCAGCAAAGAAGCAAAGGGACUUUUUAGCUGCAGGGUUCCUGACACCAUCUAAGCCUAAAACAUUUGAACCUAUAGCCGAAGUUCCUGAAGAGGAGGAGGAAGAGGAAAGCACUCGGCUUUCCCGCACGCCCGCAUCUUCAACCAAGCAGUUCUACCUGGCCAAUCUCUUCGCAACUCCAACGACUAUGCGUUACGCUGCUAUGGUGGAAAAUGACGAUGAAAGAGAAGAUCGAGAAAACACGCGCCCAGUUAUUGACGCUCCUGCAUCGCCAGAACCGAACACCUCCGAAACCCCAUCCUUCUUACGACGAACCAAUAUCAACAGACUUCCACCUCCAACUUUCAAUGAUCAGAGCGCGGGACUCAGUCCUAUUGCAUCCCGGAAGCCACUACAGUUCGCAGGAAAGGGAUUAACGCAUUUGGUCCAAGGCCUACGGGCCAUGGAGGAAGAGCGCGAGGAUGACGAGUGGGAUAUGCUUCGGGAGAUCGAAGAGGCGCAAGAAGCAGCGAACUUCGAGGUUCCUCAAAGUCAGGUUAUGCCGGAGAACCAGCGUCCAUAUAAAAAGAAGGGGCAGAAGCGAACAACGCGAAGAGUCAUUAUGCGGCCAGUUGCCCCUCGGCCAAAGCCUCGCCCUAAUACCAGUCUGCCCCCUGUUGAAGAAUAUCCAGAAGAAGAUGAUGAUGAGCUCGUUGCAGUUCCUGAAACUCAACUCCCAGCAGGCUCCGAAGUCGUUGACGAGACCUAUCAUGAGGAAACUAUAGGCGACGACGUGGCCUCUUUGCAUACCAUGUCUGAUCCGGAAUCUGAUCCAGAGGAGCCUGAUGCAGACUCUGACGACGAUCCAGAAUAUGGCGAGCCAACGAAACCUUUGACCAGGGCGAAGAGCUUCUCCGAGCGUAUAAGGGAAGCAGUCUCCAUGGCCAAGCCUCCACCCAAGGAAGAGCCAUCGAAAGCAUUACCGGUCCCGGAGAAAGAAGAGAAGGCACCCAAGACCCGAAUGAUCAAGGCCAAUACCCAGGCCCAUACGAAUUACCGCAGUUUGAAGAUCCACCAUAGAGGAGGAUCUCGUGGCCAUGGGCGAUUCCGCAGGCGAUAGAUGCUGUGGCUGAGGUACGCUAAUGUUCACGAAGAAACGAUUGCAUUUAUAAUUAGCAUAAACGGGUCCUGGACGGUCGCAAUUCACACAUCUAAGAUACAGUCCAACCCUCAUUUGAUUUUUCUGUCAGAUUUAGAAGAACCUAUAGGAGAACCUAGUAUAUAAGGCCAGCAUUGUUUACUAUACCGUACUAUGCUAGUCGGGAAUAUAUCGGUCCAGAAGAUGCCGAUUCCGCUCUGGCCAUGGAGCACGUCGAUGUGAACCCCGAGUCCUAGGUGCAGCCAUCCUCCGUGCAGAUGGCUGUGAACUUUCGGGCCUCGAGACCCGAUCGAAUAAGCUCCGGUCGCGUUCUCGGGCAGGCGAUGCGCUACGGGCGCGCGUCGAGCCUGGUUGAGUAGAGGCAUCACGACGAUAGCUGGCAUCUCGCCACUCCUUAUCGCGGGAGGCAGUCCUUGAUGCAGGAUACUGCACAUGCCGAUCCCAGUCCUCUAACGAAUCGUAAGGGCUUCGCAGCCACGCCAAUAAUUCGUGGAGAAACAAACGAGCGUUGUCCCUCCCGAGGAAAUCGCUCAGCAAUUCUUCUGCUUGUCCGGCGCUCCCUUUGAUGUCCACGGUACGCAAAAUAGCAACGACGUACUCGAGCAAGAACUCGGCAUUAUUUGCCCUCCGUUGCUCUAAUCGCUGCUGUCCCGAGCGAGGCACGGGAUCCCGCCGCUCUUCCGGCGCAUCCUCUGCCCCCGGGUGCAGAAAGCUGAACACCUGCAAUUCGCGACGGAUCCAUUUGCGAGCGCGCGAUACAAGCGCUUCAUCACGGUUGAAAUCCACCGGUGUCACCUCAGUGUAUUGGGAAAGUCGAUUCGACCCGACCCGGAGAGAGUAUAGCUGAUGACGAUACACAUCGCGACGGACAGAAAUCGGAUUGUUGGGCGAAGGCUGAGAUCGGGGCAGAUUAUAUCUUUGUCGACGUCUGUGUCCUCUGAAUCGCUGCUCGUGUGGUAUAUGGGCGCGGGCUGUGGUUCCGGGAACAGUGACGGGAGGUACGACGUAAGUUUUUGGGCCUUGAGGUCCCUUCAAGUCAUACUCCACAGCGGUGAG